CAUUGCUUACAAUAGGAGUGUUCAAACAUAUCACGUGACUCGCAAUCAAUGUACUGAUUGGUUGAUUGUCAUCAAUAGUAUCGAUCAUCGAUUGGUUUUUAUAAUUGGCGUCAAGUGUUGAAUGUGUGUUGAAGUGACCGCACGUUUGCUGUGACCACACGUGUGACCACUUUUGGCAUCACUCACCCGAAGACAUGAUGUCGACAGUCGGACAUACCGUCGAAACCUUUGAAGCCAACGAUGCCUUUAGUAUUACCGGUGAUUGUGAUACAAAUGAAAAGCUAGUCAUGUCUAGAGAGGACAGUAAAAAAUAUAUACUUAACUUGUUUGAAGACUUGGAUACUAUAUUCAUGAGCGAUGAUAAAAACAAUAAGAAGUACUGCAAUGAUAUAAUUCUUAUUAUUUGUCAAUGCAUUAAAUCAGAUGCACGUGAUCUUGAAGAAGAAGACAACAAUUUCAAACAACAGAUGGAUUGUCACUUUAAUUUGUUGAGAACUAUCUUAAGAAGUCCUAAACUGGAUGUCAUAUCUAGAACAAUGAUACUGGAGGUGAUUGAGUUAAGAGCAGCCAAUUGGGAAGUCGUUGAUGAUAUCAAUGACUAUUAUUCCAAGAAAUUGUCUGAACUAAGAGCUAAUGAAUUAAAGUCAUCGAAAAGUAAUCAGUCAUUAGGUAUGUCAGUGCCUAUCAAUUACUCCAUUGAUACGGACGGUUCAAAAGCAAAACCAAUAAAAGUAACGCCAAAGAUGACUGUCAGAGAUGAAGUAGUCAUAAGAAAUGGUGACUCAGGAAAAGUGAUGGGAAUUAAAGGCAGAAGAGUUCAUAUAAUAGAAGAGAUGAGUCAAACGAUUAUAUCUUUUCAAAAAGUACCUCCCGGAGCUAAGGAAAGACUUGUUCAGAUUACCGGUCCAUCAGAAGAGAACAUUGAAUGUGCAAAACAGUUGAUUGAAAAUACAAUUACACGAAACGCAUCUCCCGUUCCUUUUGAGUGCACAAACAAACCAUUGAUUGAUGGAAACAAAAGUGAGAAAUUGGAUUUUAAUGAUAAAAUGAUUGAUAAUAGUAAUACAACUGAAGAGAAAAGUGAUGAUAAAAAGUCAUUUACUUUCAUUGUUAAUGUGGAUGAAGAUGUGAUUCAAUUGUCGACAAACAACUAUCAAAUGGGAGUCAAAGCCAAGAAUAUUCUACAAAAGGUUUUCAUUGAAAGACAAGAGUUAUUAUUCAUUGAUAGUUAUUCUGAUUCAAACGUUACGAAAAACUGUGGACACAAUAAUGCAUAUCAAAGACAGUCGUCAUCCAUUAUGUUAGAAGCUUUUGUCAACAAUUCAAAUAUCGAAAGAUCGUCAUCUCAGGGAACAGUUACUAACACAAGAACUUCUUUACGAUUCAUGAGCCAAGAAUUGUCUAAACCAGACAUCCGAAUGAUUGACGGAAUAAUCAGUUAUGAAAGAGAUUUCCUGUUGCGUUGCCGUCGAUUACAAUUGAAACCAACUGAUGACGUUAUAAAUAUUAUUAAAGACAAAACACCUGACAUUAUCCGAACCUUGAUAUUUGAUAUGAGUUCAGACAAAUUUGACAUCAAAUAUGAUGGCAAAGACAUCGUUUCUUUGGUUAAAUGGAAAGUAAGAGUUGGCGCCCGAAUCGGCCAAAGAGGCCAACAGCUGUUCACAUAUCGGGUUUGCAAUGACUCUAAUCUGGAACCAUCUGGUGAUGUAAUGGUAUUUAAAUGCAAAGAUAUUGGAUUAAUCGUGGAUUCAUUGCUGAAGAAAGAGGGAGAACUGGUUUUACCCAAUGAUGUAGUCCUACAAUACGAUCGGUGUCCACACGACACCAUAAUGAAGGAUAUGUGCGGUGAUUGUGGCGCUAAUAUUAACGCUUUAGAUGACACUCAACGACAAAGAAUAACUGCUUCAACAUCUGUAUCAAUGGUUCAUUCAGUACCAGAAUUAUUGGUUAGUAAAGAAAGGGCUGAAACUCUUGGAAGAGCUGAUGAAAAGAGACUUUUGAAAGAUAGGAAACUUGUUUUACUCGUCGAUUUGGAUCAGACUUUGAUUCAUACGACAAAUCACAACAUACCGGCCGACACACCCGGUGUGCAUCACUUCCAGUUGUAUGGACCGCAUACACAAUGGUAUCACACGAAGUUCAGACCAAAUACUCAUCAAUUUUUAGAUACAAUGUCUAAGCUCUUUGAACUUCAUAUCUGCACAUUUGGUGCCCGACGUUAUGCCCAUACGAUCGCUGCACUAAUGGAUCCAAACCGUCAAUUCUUUCCGAGUGAUAGAAUCUUAUCAAGAGAUGAGUGUUUUGAUCCCAAUUUAAAGACAGCAAACUUGAACUCAUUGUUUCCGUGCGGAGACUCAAUGGUCUGUAUUAUUGAUGAUCGCGAAGAUGUUUGGAGUUUUUCCCCGAAUGUGAUUGCAGUGAAACCUUAUGUGUGUUUUCGCGAUACCGGAGAUAUCAAUGCACCGGAAAAAAAUGUCGGACCUCUGCCACAACAAGUGGACGAUAAGAUCGAUGUUUUAAAUGAUGCAAAAAUUUCUGAUGAAAAGAAUCCAAAUGAAGAAGUGCUUAUUAAUCAAGAAAGUGAUGAUAAGGAAUGCGACAAAAAUAAAGAAAUUGAUUUACAAAAUAAAAGUAAAUUAGAUAAUCAAGAACUUGAGGUUUCUCUCGAUAAAACUGAAACUACUAUUACUUCAGAGUCUAAGAUAGAUAUAACCAAAGAGAGCGAAACAAAGGACAUAUUAGUUGAAUCAAAAGAAAAAAUUGAAAUACAAGAGGAAAGUGAAACACAAGAGAAAAGUGAAACACAAGAGGAAAGUGAAACACAAGAGAAAAGUGAAACACAAGAGAAAAGUGAAACACAAGAGAAAAGUGAAACACAAGAGAAAAGUGAAACACAAGAGAAAAGUGAAACACAAGAGAAAAGCGAAACACAAGAAAAAAGCGAAACACAAGAGAAAAGCGAAAUACAAGAAAAAAGUAAUAUUAGUGAAGAAUCUGAAUUACCAUCUGAUGAAAACAGCAAUAAUAGCAAUUAUAAAGAAGAGAAAAACAAACAAAAUGUGACAAAUAAUGAUAACGACGACUAUUUGUUAUAUUUGGAGGAAAUAUUGAUACGAAUUCAUGGAAAAUAUUAUAAAGAAUUUGACGACAAAAUCAAAUAUAAGACCGAUUCAGAAGAGAUUAAGAUUCCGAAUCUUAAAGAUAUUAUUCCAACGGUUCGUAAAAGUGUUUUAAACGGCGUUAAUAUAGUGUUCAGUGGAGUUAUCCCAACAAAUAUGGCUCCAGAAAAACACAAACUGUAUAUCAUUGCAAAAACUUUUGGUGCAAAUGUGACCACAGAUUUAGUUUUGGAGGGCUCACCCAAAACAACACAUUUGAUUGCCGCCAAAUGGGGAACUGUUAAAGUUAAUAAAUGCAUCAAAGCUAAGAACAUAUGGAUUGUUAAUCCCAAGUGGUUGUACUGUUGUGCUGAACGAUGGGAACGGGUUGACGAAAGAUUGUAUCCAUUAAAUAAAGAUUUGACUUUUGAAAAGGAAAAGCCAUUCACUAAGACUUCAUUAAAACCAAAUUCUCGUGAGUUAUUAAAGAGUCAACAGAUUGUCAAACCAUCGACGACUCCAUCAUUAGCGACAUAUGACCCAAAAACAGGUAAAAGAAUUAGACCUCAAAGUCAACAGCAGACGACUACUUUUUUAGAGAAAAAGGAGCCACAGAUGGAAAGUGGACACAAAAAUGAACAAAUGUUGGAACAGAGCCGUCAAAUACAACCACACAAUAUGAUAGAUUUUUCUCCGUUAUCGGGGUUUACAAUGAAUGAGUUGCAAAGUAUGGGCAAAGAAGUUGAUGACGCCUGCAGUGAGGGCGACGCUAUGAGUACCGGUAAUACCGAUAGUGAUAGUGAUAGUAACAGUGACCAUGAAUUGAAACAAAUAAAAAAGUGUGACAAAAGAGAGAUGAAUACAUCGAGUGAUGACACCGAUGAUGGAGAAUCACCUAAAGGUUGGAGCAAUAAAAAGAAAAGAAAACGUACGUCACUUAUGAAUAGGAUCGCAGAAAUGGAAGAAACUAAUGAUUCGACCGAAGAUUGGGAUAACUUUGGAAGUAAACGAAUAGAUAUGGAGGAAGAGUCGAGUGAUAAUGAAUCAAUUGGUUCAGUAGAUGAAGAAAUGGCAUUAGCCGUUGAACGAGAAUUUCUCAGUUAGUCUUUACUUUAAAAUAAUUAUUAUUUU